UGUGCAGUGUGGAGCGGCAGAUAGAUGUGCAUGUUGCUUGGUGCGGGUAGCAUUCCUCCUCAGCCGGCUCUGCACCACUAUAAGCUGCUGUGAGAGCAGAAAGUGUGUUCUCUCAUUAAGUCACAGCAUGGGAACUGGAGGCCACUCCAAGGACUAAUUGUCCAGCAGCAGCCUUGCCAAGGAUGCCAGGAGCAAACAACCAUCAAAGUUCCAGGAGCUGCUACUCUCAUAUCUGAAUAGCAAGUGGCAGAACUCACUAUUCUGCUGCAUUUCUUAAUUAGCAGGAGCUGAAUCAGCCCCAGAGGGGAAACCCUUCACAGAAAUGGGAAACAGAACAGAACAAAAGCUUUGGAUCUUGUCUUAGAAAAUGACAUUAAAGCCAACACAAUUCUACAUUCCUGCUCUAGUAACCGAUCACAUCAAUGGUAACUGGUGUAUGGGAGACAGAACCCCCUCACACUGAGAGGACCAACUGGAUGACAUGCAGUGAAAGUACAGGGACCAAUUACAAGUUAUGUCCUAUGUCCCAGUGUGAACUGUGAUACUGGAUGGAGGGGAUGACAGUGCCUGGGACAUGUGUGUGCAGCAUCACCUGCACCAGGAACAUGAUGACAUUGCAUGCACCUUAAUGACUCUGGUAUGGAUGACAUAUAAUUCGCAAGUCCAACUGUAAUACCAAGAAGCAAAAAUCAUGAAGACUUAUUCCAGCCUUCAACUGGUUGUUUUGGCCUUAUUUUUCAAAGGAGUUUUGCUUUCUUCAAGUGACCACAACUUUGUGAGGAAAGAGAUCAAGUUUGAAGGUGACCUCGUAUUAGGAGGUCUGUUUCCAAUAAAUGAAAAGGGCACAGGAUUAGAAGAAUGUGGGAGGAUUAAUGAGGAUCGGGGCAUACAGCGCCUGGAAGCUAUGUUGUUUGCAAUUGAUCAUAUUAACCGAGACAGCACGCUUCUUCCUGGAGUAAAGUUGGGUGUUCACAUUUUGGAUACCUGUUCAAGGGACACCUAUGCACUGGAACAAUCCUUGGAGUUUGUAAGGGCUUCAUUGACAAAGGUGGAUGAAGCAGAAUACGUGUGUCCGGAUGGUUCACUUGCCAUUCAAGGAAAUAGCCCAUUACUUAUUGCUGGAGUGAUCGGUGGUUCCUAUAGUAGCGUGUCUAUACAGGUGGCUAAUUUGCUGAGACUCUUCCAUAUUCCUCAAAUAAGCUAUGCUUCCACCAGUGCCAAACUUAGUGACAAGUCACGCUAUGACUACUUUGCAAGGACAGUGCCACCAGACUUUUAUCAGGCAAAAGCAAUGGCAGAAAUCCUACGUUACUUUAAUUGGACAUAUGUGUCUACUGUUGCAUCUGAAGGAGACUACGGAGAGACAGGAAUUGAAGCCUUCGAACAAGAAGCAAGAUUAAGGAACAUUUGCAUUGCCACUUCCGAAAAGGUUGGGAGAUCAAACUUAAAAAAGUCUUAUGACAAUGCUAUCAAGGAACUUUUACAAAAGCCUAAUGCUAAAGUUGUUGUUCUUUUCAUGCGGAGUGAUGACACCCGUGAACUUUUGGCAGCUGCCAAUAGGUUUAAUGCUUCAUUUACAUGGAUUGCUAGUGAUGGUUGGGGUGCCCAAGAAAGCAUUGUUAAAGGAAAUGAGCACAUAGCAUAUGGGGCAAUUACUCUAGAACUUGCUUCACAUCCUCUUAAAGAAUUUGAUAAGUAUUUUAAAAGCCUUAAUCCCAUCAACAAUCAUCGAAACCCUUGGUUUAAGGAUUUUUGGCAACAAAAAUUUCAAUGCAGUCUCCAUAAUAAAACGGAAAAACCAUGUGACAAGCGCCUCCAUAUCAAUAGCUCCAACUAUGAGCAGGAAUCAAAAAUUAUGUUUGUAGUGAAUGCUGUGUAUGCCAUGGCACAUGCCCUGCAUCACAUGCAACAAGCUCUGUGCUCCAAUACAACACAACUGUGUGAUGCCAUGAAGACUGUAGAUGGGAAGAAGCUCUACAAGGAUUUUUUGCUGAAAGUUAACUUUACAGCUCCAUUUGUUCCACCCUCUGCAGACAGCAUUGUGAAGUUUGAUGCAUAUGGAGACGGCCUUGGUUUAUAUAAUGUCUUCAAUUUUCAAUACAAUAAUGGCAAAUACUCAUAUCUAAAAAUAGGUCAGUGGGCAGAAACCUUAUCUCUCGAUGUAGAUGUCAUACAGUGGUCAAAGAGUAUGGUGCCAACAUCACAGUGCAGUGAUCCGUGUGCUCAGAAUGAAAUGAAGAAUAUGCAACCCGGAGAUGUCUGUUGCUGGAUCUGUAUUCCGUGUGAAACAUAUCAAUAUCUUGCAGAUGAAUUCACAUGUGUUGAUUGUGGACCAGGACGUUGGCCCACCUCAGACCUAACAGGAUGCUUUGACUUGCCAGAAGAUUACAUUAAAUGGGAGGACGCAUGGGCCAUAGGCCCGGUAACAAUUGCAUGCCUUGGGUUUAUUUGUACAUUCCUGGUUGGCGGAGUCUUUAUCAAGCACAACAGCACUCCUUUGGUCAAGGCAUCUGGACGUGAACUCUGUUAUAUCCUCUUAAUUGGAGUUUUUAUGUGUUACUUUAUGACAUUUUUCUUCAUAGCCAAACCUUCCCCAGUCAUAUGUACUCUUAGGCGUUUGGGGCUGGGAACUUCUUUUGUAGUUUGCUACUCAGCUCUUCUAACAAAGACAAACAGAAUUGCCCGGAUCUUCAGUGGUGUGACAGAAGGUGCUCAAAGACCUAAAUUCAUCAGCCCCAAAUCUCAAGUCAUAAUUUGCCUGAGCCUCAUCUCUGUUCAAAUUGUAAUAGUGUCUGUAUGGCUUAUGUUGGAAUAUCCAGGCACCAGGCGGUAUACUCUUCCAGAGAAGAGGGAGACUGUCAUACUAAAAUGUAAUGUGAAAGAUUCAAGUAUGCUGAUAUCUUUAACAUAUGACGUGGUUCUAGUGAUAUUAUGUACUGUAUAUGCCUUUAAAACAAGGAAGUGCCCAGAAAAUUUCAAUGAAGCCAAGUUUAUUGGAUUUACAAUGUACACAACAUGUAUUAUCUGGCUCGCAUUUCUUCCAAUAUUUUAUGUGACGUCCAGUGACUACAGGGUCCAAACUACGACCAUGUGUAUUUCUGUAAGUCUAAGCGGUUUUGUAGUCUUGGGUUGCCUGUUUGCACCGAAAGUUCAUAUCAUUCUAUUCCAACCACAGAAAAAUGUUGUAACGCACAGACUCCAUUUAAAUAGAUUCAGUGUCAGCGGCACUGCAACCACGUAUUCCCAGUCUUCGGCCUGUGCACAUUACACUCCAACCAUAUGUAAUGGAGGAGAAGUUCUAGACUCCACCACCUCAUCCUUAUAACUCUUAUCAACAUCUUUGUCCUAAAGGUUUUUAGACUGUUAGAAAAUAUGCACUUGUUGUGCAGUCCUUAUUUUCUCUUUUUUUUUUUAGAAAAGAAAUAUUUUUGAGGACUGUCUACAAUGUUCUAGAGCUUUUUAGAUUGAUCCAAUGACCACUGUAAUCCACAGUUUUAGAGACGAUGUAAAUAAGGUGCGUUAUGUACACAACUCGCUGUGUCCACUGGGUGAUAUGGCUUCUUCCAUGUAUUAUGGGUUAUUUACUUUCCUAUGACAUUUUUUGUAAACUAAGCUAUUGUUGUAACCAAUUUUAGAAUGCAUUGAAGUUACUUAUAGUUACAUGACAUGUAACUGGAUGUUUUUGCACAACUGAAAACAGUAUUAAUGUAAAGAAGCCAGUAAUGAAACCUUUGUAGAGGUUUAUAGCAUGUAUUUCUUGGUACUUAUAUACUGUUGUGUUGCACUGAUUUGAAGGUUUCUGGAACAAUAAUGGAGUAAAAUGAAUGUACGACUUCUGACGUAAACUGCAAAUGAGCCACACAAGGCACCAAUAUUAAUUAGAAAACAUGAUAAUGUGAAUUUUACUUAAGAUUUGGUGCACUUUUCCAUAAAACACACUGGAAGUAUGUAUACUAUCAGUACUGUACAUUGCAAUGAAAUGUUAUAAUGUUUUAACACUAGCUGUGAUUUAUAGAUAAAUCAGAUAUUAUAUUAGUAAUCUUUCAUAAUAUCACUUCAUUUGAAAAUGGUAUAUAAAACAGGCCAAGUUUAAACCAUUUGUUUAACAGAAUAUUUAAAGGAACUUAGUGUUUUGUGAGAGUUUUUCAUUCACUUUUUUAAGCCACAGACAGAAGUGGAUCCAUGAGGAAGGAGAAGUAUAAUUAAUUCUUUAAUAUUUCACAUUCCCUUUGAAUUCACUUUUAUCUGAUUGGAAAAACUGCCACAAAAACCUGUGUGUAAAACUCCCCUAAGUAUACAUUCAAAUUCCGCCAUGUGAACAGGGCCUUAGGCCCCAUGGUUUUUGAGCCAUAGCCAGAAGUGUAUUAAGGAGGAAUGGAAAAUAUAAAAGAUGUACUUACACUUCCCCAUCUCCUUCUGGCUUUGGUUUCCCCAAGUAAGUUCCCUGUGUGAAAUCAGUUUAGGGGUACGUUGACACAUUAAACUCUUUGUGAGUUUUGCUACAAUUCAUGCCAGCAGAAAAUCCUUGAUAGUGGCAGAUUUGCAAAUUGCCGGCAAAUCAAUUUAAGUGAAUGGUAGCGAAACCUACAGCGGAUCUCCUGCUGGAAACCCAUUGCGAGUUGUCAACGUGUGAAUGUACCCUAAGGCCUGCUUCAGGCACAGAUUUGGCUUUUCUGGCCUGAAAAUAAAUAAAAAAAAUUUAAAAACACCCCCGUAUCCCCCUGUUUUUGCUCCUCUGUCAUACAGUUUGUGUGUCCUUUUUUCCCAUAAUAGUUUGUGUUUAGUUUAUAUGACAUUUCCCCCCUGUUUUUUUCUUAUUACAAGUCAUAUGUUUUUUUAAUCAUGUGGCUUCAAUUAUUACUACUGAGGAAUUUAAGGAAGAAAAGCCAAAAAAAUAGUGAAUAGGCACUUGCUCAUUGUAGGCAAUAAGGGAGAUCAAGGUUUAGUUGAGCACCACUCACCUAAGAAAAGACGCAUGUUUAUCAUUCAUUUUAGGAUCACUUGUGUGCGGUAUAUUUUUAUUUAAAGGGGUACUCCGGUGGAGAAAAAAAAUUUGUAAAUCAACUGGUGCCAGAAAGUUAAACAGAUUUGUAAAUUACUUCUAUUUAAAAAUCUUAAUCCUUCCAGUACUGAUCAGCUACUGGAUGCUCCUGAGGAAGUUCUUUUAUUUUUGAAUUUCUUUCUGUCUGACCACAGCGCUCUCUGCAGACACCUCUGUCCAUCUCAGGAACUGUCCAGAGCAGGAGAAAGUCCCCAUAGCAACCAUCUCCUGCUCUGUACAGUUCCUGACAUGGACAGAGGUGUCUGCAGAGAGCACUGUGGUCAGACUGCAAAUAAAUUCAAGAAGAAAAGAUCUUCCUUUGUAGUA